GGUAUUUAUUUCGAUUUGGAAAUCAGUAGUUGAGGUUAGACAUAGUUAGAAGUAAUAAACCUUCCUAGUUGACCGGACUGACCUUCAAUGGCAGACACAACGGGGAACCGCGUUACGCCGAGUCAGACCCCUGGCCCGGCGGGGGAAAGCAACCCGUUGUACAUAGCCUACGUCCUGGUGCCUGUCUUCUUCCUGCUCGGCCUUCUGGGAGUGCUCAUCUGUCACGUGCUGCAGAGGAAGGGCUACCGCUGCACCACCGAGGCGGAGGAAGAGGAGGUGAAGGAGGAGGAGAAAGACCUGGAACAAGGAGCAGACUUAAACGAUACCUACAGCGAAAGCAACAAUGACACCGUUGGACAGAUUGUUCAUUACAUCAUGAAGAAUGAAGCAAAUUCAGAUGCUCUCAAAGCCAUGGUUCAUGAAAACAGCAUUGACUCAGAUGGCCCGGUCACACCCACCUCCCCCGUCACGCCCACCUCCCCGGCGAUGCCCACCUUCCAGGCGACGCCCCUGUCCCCCGGCGCCCCGGCGGCGGCGGCAGACAAGCCCAAGCACACCUGUAACCACCUGCACACCAUCGGGGGCGUGGGCGCCAACCAGAACAUCUGUAACCGCUGCAACCUCAAGAAGGGCUGGCCGCUGCUGAGGAGAGCCUCCAAUAGGAAGGCAGACCGCCGGACCUACGGGGAGGUCACGGUGCUGGCGGUGGGCAGGUUUCGGGUGACCAAGUGUGACAAGCCCGCCCGGGAGAGGCGGACCCUGCUGAUCGCGGACUCCAAUGGGAGCAUGCCCUCGUCCUCCGUGGAGGCGGGGCCUCCCAGCAGGACCACCUCCGAGUCACAGGCGCAAGAAGCCAACACAAAGUGAAGGCAAGUCUCCUAGGUCGGCAGAAAUUGGGAAUCGAUUUAGACACUUUCAAAACCAAGCGGCAGAAUGACGUGUCCGUGCCGGAGGGUCGUCAUUGGACGGCAGCCAUGUCAGUCCGGGGGUCGGUCCCUCCACGCCCCUUCCCUUCUGUAGCCGGAUGAGUUGAGAGAACGGUGAUGAUGACAAUGGGGAGGAGGAAGAGCCAAGUCAAAGUCUUAGCCAUUCUGCCAAUGUUAUACCUUCCUAAUGUGGUGUGUGUGUCAUGAGGGCCCAUAUACCCUUCCCAAAUAAGCAACCGUCAUCAAAACAGACCAAAUCUUUGGGAAACUAGAGUUCAUUUUCGCUGAGGAUCCCUCGGUGGUCAUGUGACUCCCUGGGCUUGUGUCCAGGGUGUCGACGCUGCAUUAGUAAAUGUAGUUCAUAUGAGAGCCAAGUGCACUUUGAGUCCGAACUUUAUACCAAAGCACAUCCUUCCCAGGUACAAUCUCGAGCUAGUUUUAAUGGCGAGGGCCCUGCAGACCAUGGGUUUCAUGUCCUCCUCCCUACAAGCAGACAUCUCUGAUUCCCCCUGGUGAUGUGACGGUGAAUGGAUGAUUUUGUAUGUUUAACAGGAACCUACUAUGAGUUUUUGAUAUUUAUACCCCAUACAGACAACUGUUUUUUUUUUCUCUCUGACUCUGUGCCUAUUUGCAAGAUUCUGGAUCCCACAUUUUACGGAGGAUCUGUUGAUUAGCUGUGCCAAUGCCUUAUCUUGUAGACGUAUUUAUAUAAGGAAAUGUAUACGAUCAGCCUAAAUUUACAUUUUAACUGUGUGGAUUCAGUUCUGUGAAUUUUGUUUUUACUGGAUGUGGGCACCCAAAAUGCCUUUAGUUUGAUCAGUGUCAUCCCAGAAUGAACACUGUGUGUGUGCGCAUGUGAGGAAUAGCACGCGCCAUCUGUAUUUGUCUCAUUAGAUUUAGUGACAUGCACGUCACCAAAUGCGUGUUUCAUGUUGAAAUUAUUUUUAUUUUUAUGUCCAGAACAUGGACGUUACCUCUACAAAGUGUCCUUGCAUACUCCAAAGUAUAACAUACGUACAUAUAUCUAUGACAAUAUUCUAUUUUGGUCUUUCCAAACCAAAAUACCUCUCGUCAGUACAUUUCUCUAAGCUUUCCUGGACUCUCAUACUGAACCUAUGUUCCAUCUCACAAAGAUUUUAGAAAAACGUGUUGGUAUGAGUUCAUGAUCUUUAUUUAAUUCCAUGUGCCUAUUUAUGAUAUGCAUAUGAUUAUAUGCACUGUAUUGCUUUCCGAACCUCAGCUCUGAAUGAUCACAUCAGUUUUCCACUUUUCCC